AUGCAAGAAAAAAUUAUGCAAGAGCAAGUUAAACUGCAUCCUUUGACGUUUAAGCAUCCUUUAAGAACGAAAUCGUGGUGCAAAAUGGGGAAGGAGUUUUAUAUUGACCAUUUGGCUAUAACUUCUUUUCCAGGGACGAUUGUAACUCCUCUGACAAUUACAUCAAGAGAAUUUUCUACUAAAAAAAUCCAAGUUUUGGAUCGUAAAUUACAUUUAAAAGGAUUAAUUCCAAAAAUUUCACUUCAUUCAAAAAUAACAAACCUACACACAAAAAUUUCACUGCCAGAAAUUAAAAAAAUCAAAAAAUAUAGGACUAUGUCUUUAACUACUCCAGAUUUGAAGAUAUCGAAACUAUCAGGAAAGACGUCGAAAUUUACAUCAACAUUUUCGAGACAAAAGAAAAAAAAAGAUGAAGGAACAUUUGCAAGCAUUGAAGACAUCAAAUAUAAAUGUGAAUAG